UUGGCCAGGUCGCACGCUUCCUGCCUACCGCUCAGUUCAGAACAGAAUCCUCGGUGGCCAAGUCCCCGUGGCCGGCGUGGGAAACGCGUGUCCCUAACAGCAGCCAGAACACAGGAACGAACCGUCGACAACUCAAGUCAGGUUUAUUAUCCUCCAUCCUGCAGCGGGCCCUGAGUCAGUGUGUGUGGUAUUUUUGUUUUUGUUGUUGUUUUUGUUUUUGUUGUUCUUGUGGUGUGGCGACCACCGCUUAUUUUCCUGGGGAGUCGCCCCAAACUGAGUACAGUAACCCAUAAGUGAAACAACAGGCGAGUUAAUUUUGCCGGGUGCCCAUUUUUCGUGCGUCCGGUUCGCGUUCCGUGCUCCAAGUUCCGUGCGUGCCAUUUGCAGUGAUCCGGCAGUCGCAGUCGCAGUCGACCAUGGCCAUGGCGGUCAUGAACCUCCGUCACCACCAUCAGCACCGCUUCAAGACAAUGCUCGCCCUAUCUGGCCGAUGCCAGCUCGAGCACCAGCGCAGGCUGCCGCACCUCCUGCCGCUGGUUCUAGCGCUGGUGCUGACUAUGGCUCUGGCUCUGGCCCUGCCCGCCGAGGCAGCCGGAAAUGAUGUUAUUUCCGUGACGAAAGCCGAGCCCGUGCACGGUCUGAUGCAGCUCGACCAGGACAUCCAAGAUGCAGCGGAUGCCAGCGUUCAGUCCCGCCAUUCGAUACCAGACAAAAACAUUGACUAUGGCGCCUACGCGAACGAUUUCAAUUUGCAAGAAGAGGCCUCCAUUCCGGAGGACAUAUUUGACCAGCACGAUGGCGACAUUGAAGAUACCGACUCCCAGCUGCAUUAUGCCCCAGCCGCCUCAGUUGCAACCGCGGUCGAUGAUGAUGAUGAUGAUGAUGAUGAUGACGAUGCCGCAGAUGCCGCAGAUGUCGGAACUGCCGGAGAUGCUGAAGAUGCGAUCGGGGCUGCGUGGAGCGAUGUGGAUGGUUCAUCCCCAUGGGAUGGGGAUGGGGAUGGGGACGGUGGCGGUGGCGAAGAUGCAGAGAAUGAUGCAUCCGAGGCAGCUGAUAUAAUACUUGAAUCUCAAAGGCCCACUACCAGAAAUUUCACUGCUCAGCUGGACGCAAAGGAAACAUUUAAAAAGUACCAGAAUAGUGACAUCAAGAAGAAGUUAUCCAGGCAGAAGCAAAAUAAAAGCCACCACAUAUACAAAUUGGGAAACAAUAAAGAAAGCCAGCAGCUGAAGAGAAUGGCCAAUGAGGGGGCAGAAAAGGCAAAGGAAGCCGUGGCAGGGACAGAAAGCGUAGGAAAAUUUAGUUUCUCCGAGGAGGAAGCCAAAGAGACAGAGCCAGAGUCGAGCCAGCACAACGAAAAGUUCGGCAGGACAAGCUUAAGGUAUACAAAAUUUAAGAAAAUGCACAAGCAGCGAAAUGAACAGCCGGAGAAGCAACAGGAGGAGCACGACACCAAACAGCAGGAAGAACAGAAGCAGGCUCAAGGUCCAGACAGGGCCAAGUGGCAAGGUGGUGAGAUGGGGGAGAAGGCAGACCGAGAGAAACAGCAGUUUGAUUCUAUUGAAAUAUUAAAUGAACGAAAAUUAAAUAAACCAUCAGGCCAAUUAUCAUUGGAGCGGGAGCUGGAUCAAGAGCAGGAAAAAUAUAAGCCAGAGAAGAAAAACGACCAACAGCAGGAGAAGGAGAUAGUCAAGCUGGUGAGGGAGGAUAAGGAAGCAAUCGGCGACAUUGAAGACAGUUUCGAUAAGGAUGAAGUGAUGGAGGCCGAAGACAUCCUGUUUCCAAUUGACAGUGACGAAUCAUCUAGAAAGCCCACACCUGAAGCAACAGCCGCCACAAAAAUAACACCAAGCGCCAGCAGGGAGACCAGCAAGGGCUGUGAAGCCACAAUGUCGCCGACAGUAGCAAUGAUUGGCCGCAAAGAGAAGCGUGGAUUUUUGCGCAUGUACAGGCCAGAUCUCAUGGCUAAAUAUUUUGAAAAGUUCGACGAGGCUGACAAUGCCAGGGAAAAUGUUAAGGAGAGUGCUGAUGACGACGAAGACCUUGAUGCCCCUGUUGGGAAGCUGCACUACUUCGAAAACGCCGGACAUCAGGAGCAGGAGCAACCAGCAAAAAAGGGACUGAUGAUGCGCCCGGGUCAGGUCCCAACACGGGCCAAUUACAUGAGCAGCUCCUUUGGCUCGGCAGAAAAUGGAACGCAGCAGCAGCCCGAAUCACGUUUCGCUGACGAUCAGAGCUCGGAGCAGCACCCCCCACUGGAACCACAGCAGCAGGACACGCUCGAAAGUCGGCAGAUGAAGAGUAGCGAAUCGGAGUCUGAUAUGGAAUCUGCAUUGCAGCCGUUUCAGAAGACGGUCCCGGGCACAACUAUAACGCCACCAUCUUCGACACCUUCCUCCGCUUUUGAGCGGUUCAAGGCGUUGCGGCGCAGCCGUCAGAAGACUGGUCACAAGAGCCACAAAAAGCGAUAUAAGGAUUUCCUAAAACGGCAUCACCAGUCACUACCAGGAACAGUAACACAGCCACCAGCUCCACCAGCUCCACCACCGAGUCUCGCCCCCCGGCAUGCCAAGAAGCUGCUCCAGGAAGAAGAGCGAGAGAGAGAGCGGGAGAGAGAGCGAGAGCGAGCCCACUCAGCUCCCAUAUUCGCCCUGGGUAUGCGGCCCCGGUCAUCUCUGUCCACCGAUACACCCUUCUACGAGGGACGCGUGCACUACUACGACAACCCCCAGUUCGGCAUGGGCAUGGAGCAGGGCCUGGAGCAACAGCAGACCACAGAGAUGGAGCGCUUAAUAGCCCACGACAAUGACAACUGGUACCGUCGCAUAAGUCCCGUCCUCCGCAACGGCGUCAAAAGUGGCCAGGGCGAGCAACAUCUGCAUCCGCAUCCGCAUCAGCAACAGCAGAAGCACCAGCACUACCAAAGUCAUAAAGGACAUCAUCAACACCACCAGCAUCAGUAUCAGCACCACCACCACAAAAACCACAACCACCAUCAGAACACGCACCAGAAAGCAGGUCAACUGCGUCAGAGGCCGAGCAGUCCGUACCAGCGCAAGGCGCCAGCAGCGUCGCUGGCAGGAGGUUCUCCGAGCAGUUCGCUACCCACUCCACCGCUGCCACCGCUGCCACCCCUGCCACCACCCACACAGCAGCUAGGACACCAGAUCACCGAGCUGGAGCACCUCGAGCGCUACUACGCCAAGUGGCCGCAUCUAGCACGGGUCCAGUUCCAGCUGUACGAUGAGCACCGCGAGUCUCAGCAGCAUUCGCAGCUGUAUGGCGACUACGAGGACGACUACGAGACUGCAGCCGAGCUGGAAGAGGCCCAGGAAGAGCAAGGCGAGGAGGCCAACCUGCCGCCGUACAUCAAGAAGUACAAUCGCCGCAACAAACAGCUGCUGAACCUGCUCGAGGGCACCCUGCCACCACCACCAGUCCCAUCGAUCCCAAUCCGUAGCUCCAUUUGGAGUGGAUCCGUCACGUCACCGGUGAGACUGGACGAUGAAUAUCUGAAGCAGAAACGGCGACGCUACCAUCAGCAGCACCGUUUCGAGGAUUUGUUUUCCGAGCAGCGCAACGGCUUCAGCGCCACACAAUCCCAAGAAACAACCACGAUGGCAGCCUCCACACCAGUCACAGGAGAAACAUCAGCCACAUUGGCCCAGGCUCCCAGCAAUCAUCUGCCUGACGAGGAUGGCUAUGUGGACAUUGACGAAGAUCAGCAGAAGCCGCGACUGACCGCAGCCGUCGACUUUUGGCAGAGGGAAAUGGCCAACAAGGCAGGCGCUGGCGCUCCGCCAGCUCACCCUCCACCUUCCCCCACUCCGCCGUCUUCUGUGACUACUCCCAAGCCGGCCCUGUUCAAACUGCCCUCGUAUCCAGCCAUAGCAGGCAGCUUCCUGGGCGCUCCGCGAAGUCGCAGCCGAAGCGCACAGUUCGUGGCCAAUGUGGCGGGUCGUGGCCAGAGCAAUAGCUGGCCACGCUACGACACCUCAAAUGGCACAGGAGGAGGAGCCAAGGGCACUGGAGGCACUGAAGGAGGAGCGGGAGCUGCUGCAUCGCCGCUCAACUCCUUUGUCUAUCAUCGGGUCGUCGAUGGAAUCGGCGGCAACUCGGUGCUAGCCAGUGGUGUCGGCGCCGCCAACAGUCGCAAGCAGUCCCGGCUGCCCUUUGUAGCCAUCACGGAUCGGAGACUCGAGACAAUGGUCAGCAAGAGGAUGCUCGCGGAGCGACACAAAGACUUUGAGCAGAAUCAUUUCCCGAUGCCUUAAGCCGCGAGCUUAAAGCCAGACCACCGAGGCGUGGUGGGCGAGGAGAGGAGGGAGAGCAGGAACAUGUAAUGGAGGGCUGAAGACUGGGCUGGAAACGAGAGGGAUGUCAGCUCGAUUGGGAAACGCUGACCUCAAUAUAUUCUAACGUUUCAAACACGAUUUAAACUAUUUUCAACCACCUAAAUCCAGAUGCAUACCGAUAAUAACAACUAUUUUCAGUGCUUCGUGCCAACUGAAGUUCUUUUCAGUGAGAGAUGCCUUUCAAAUGAUCCCCAAAUUAGUCAGAAGACAACACAUAAAAGGCGAUUAAAGAAUAAUCAUUUUCAAAGCAGUGACUGAUUUUAGAUCUGCCCAAGACGGAUUUGGUCCGAUGUACCGAUGUAUUGCAGAUUGAAGGAACGGCACAGAUUUGGGCCGAUCCAGCAAACACACAUCAUUAUCAUUAAAUAGUUGUCGAUUACGAUUCCACAGCUUUUUCGUGGGUCCAGUCCUCAUGUCCAGCCUUAUUUUCAGCCAUGGGUCGUAACAUACGAGUAUAUAUACAUACAUACAUACAUAGAACUAUAAUAUUGUAGUCGCCGCUUUCGGAUGAUUUUUGUGUUCUACGUACUACGUCAACAAAAUACAUACAUACUCACAUAUUCUUGUACAUGUGUCUGUAAGAGGAGAACCAGAGAAUCAAAGGAUUUAGAGAUAAUUGUCGAGAGAAUUUUUUUUGUGGUGGUGGAUAUAUGAAAAAAUGUAUCGUAACCCUAAAUGUUAUAGGAAAGUAAAAAAUGAAACUAAAAAAUCAACAAAAAAAAAAAUAUGUAACUAAAUGUGAGCAAAGAAUUUUUUUUUUGUAUAAAUAGCAACUAUCACAAGGUUCUGUAGACACACACAUAUACACACACACACAAACACACAAAGAGCUGUUAGAAAUCAAAAAGUGAUAUCCAAAAUAGUUUUAUAAUCAAUUUAUAACAAUAUUUUAUUUUUUUUUUAGAAAGCAUUGAAAGGAACUUUGUGUUGGGUGAAUUGUAGAAGAACCUAAAAUGUGAAAUUUGAUCGAACAACCGCCUUUCCAUACGCACAACAUUCACGCACACACACACACAUACACUUACACUUACACACACACACACACACAU